AUGGAGAAGUCAUUUUCUGUGACUCUACUCUUCACAUUAGUCUUAUCAGUAUUAGGUAACCAUCAUGGGAUGGAAACAGAAAAAAGUAUUCCCAAUUGGGCAACUAGUAUUAAUGUUGAUUUGGCACUUGUUACUCAGCGGCAGCAUCUUCAGCAACUUUUCCAUCGAUAUGGCGAGAAUAAUUCCUUGACAGUUGAAGGGUUUAAAAAAUUGCUUCAGAAUAUAGGCAUUGAUAAAACUAAGCGAAUACAUGUAAAUCAUGACCAUGAUCACCAUCAUCAUCACCAUGUUACCACAAAUAAAAAUCUUAGGAAAACUUUGUGCCCAGAUCAUGAAUCUGUUGGUACAAGUAAGGAUGCUAGAAAUAGCCAGACUAAAGGACUACAUAAACCAGAAAAUAUUGAGAGGCAGCCAAGCAUUUUAAUCAAGGACAGUGUUGGUGAGAUGACUACACCCAUUUACAGCACUGCCAUAGAAGGAAUUCAUUUCCUAAAGACUGCCAAACAUGAAAAAAUGAAGCUUUCACCUAAAGAUUCAAACAGUUCCUUGGCACCGAAUACUACAGAGAGUAGUGGUUUGACCUUGGGGGCAAGCCAGAAAACAAAUGAAUCAGUUUUGAAUGGAUCUGACCAAGGAGGAAGUUUUAUAAAUUCUAAGUAUUCCAAUCAAAAUGUCCAGGAGUGCUUCAAUGCAUCAAAACUUCUCCAGUCUCAUGGAAUGGGCAUACAAGUAUUGCUGAAUGCAACAGAAUUUAAUUAUCUUUGCCCUGCUAUUAUCAAUCAGAUUGAUGGCAAAUCCUGUAUAGUUCAUGUAACCAGUGAAAAGAAGACUGAAGUCCCUCCCAAGACUUAUUCUUUACAAAUAGCUUGGAUUGGUGGAUUCAUAGCUAUUUCCAUCAUCAGUUUCCUUUCUUUGCUUGGUGUCAUCUUAGUUCCCCUGAUGAAUCGUGUGUUUUUCAAGUUUCUUCUAAGUUUUCUUGUGGCAUUAGCCGUUGGGACAUUAAGUGGUGAUGCUUUUUUGCAUCUUCUCCCACAUUCUCAUGCAAGUCACCACCACAGUCAUAGUCAUGAAGACCAGCCCCCUCAAGCAAGCAGAGGACCACUUUUCAGUCAUCUGUCUUCUCAAAAUAUAGAAGAAAGCACUUAUUUUGACUCCACAUGGAAAGGCCUUACAGCUCUAGGAGGCCUGUAUUUCAUGUUUCUUGCUGAACAUUUAAUCACAUUGAUCAAGCAAUUUAAGGAUAAAAAGAAAAAGACUCCAAAAAAGCUUGAAAGCGAUGAUGAGAUGGAAAUUAAGAAACAAUUAUCCAAAUAUGAAUCUCAACUUUCAGCAAAUGAAGAGAAGUUAGACACAGAUGAUCGGCCUGAAGGUUAUAUAGGGGCAGACUCACAAGACCCUGCACACUUCGAUUCUCAGCAACCAGCAGUAUUGGAAGAAGAAGAAGUCAUGAUAGCUCACUCUCAUCCGCAAGAAGUUUACAAUGAAUAUGUAUCUAGAGGGUGCAAGAAUAAAUGUCAUUCCCAUUUCCAUGAUACUCUAGGCCAAUCAGAUGAUCUCAUUCAUCAUCAUCAUGAUUACCAUCAUAUUCUACAUCACCACCAUCAUCAGAAUCAUCAUCCCCACAGUCACAGUCAGCGCUAUUCUCGGGAAGAAUUGAAAGAUGCUGGCAUAGCCACAUUAGCCUGGAUGGUGAUCAUGGGUGAUGGCUUACACAAUUUUAGUGACGGCCUAGCAAUUGGAGCAGCUUUUACAGAAGGAUUAUCCAGUGGUUUAAGUACUUCUGUUGCUGUUUUUUGUCAUGAAUUACCUCAUGAAUUAGGUGAUUUUGCUGUUCUCUUAAAAGCUGGCAUGACCGUUAAACAAGCAGUUCUUUAUAAUGCCCUGUCAGCCAUGUUGGCUUAUCUUGGAAUGGCAACUGGAAUUUUUAUCGGUCAUUAUGCUGAAAAUGUUUCUAUGUGGAUAUUUGCACUUACUGCUGGCUUAUUCAUGUACGUCGCUCUGGUUGAUAUGGUACCUGAGAUGCUUCAUAAUGAUGCUAGUGACCAUGGAUGUAGCCGUUGGGGAUAUUUUCUGUUACAGAAUGCUGGGAUACUACUGGGUUUUGGUAUAAUGUUACUUAUUUCUGUGUUUGAACAUAAAAUUGUAUUCAGUAUAAAUUUUUAAAUUGAGUCAUUAAUGUUAGAAUAUAUCUUUUCUACUUAUUUGAGGCUUUAUUUCAAAUAUAGGUCAUAGGGGAGCUGGAUUUUGUUGUUUUGUGGUUUUUUUUUAAUGUGCUUUAUAGAAUUUAUAUUUAGUAGUACUUGAAAUUUUGCAUUAAAUCUUGCUGUUGGUUAUGACUGUAAAACUGGCUAUCAAAGUAGCAGAAGGUACGUUUUAAUGAUGUAUAAGUUAUUCUGUUCUGGGAAUAUUGCUAUGAUCUUAAUGUUUUACCAGUAUUUACAACUUUACUGUAUGAACAAAUG